UAAAUUGGACUGAACUGGGGUCCCUCAUUAAGUCGGAUGUUUCCAAAUUGCCGAUAAUGGAAAUGUGGGGUGCUUGUUAGCAUUUUUUAUUAUCAUUAUUAUUCUCUCGGGAGAAGAAGUGGUGGCAAUUGUAUUUGUCUUCCCGCUUGUUGGUCUUUUUUGGGGGGAGGUUUAUUUUCCCUUCCGUUCUACAACCCUCCUUUAAAGAAUCAGGAGGACUUUGGAUCACAGAGGUUUCUAAGGCUGGCGAACCCGUUUCUUCUCCUUGUUUUCUUAUUUAGUACAGUACGUCUCUGGGCUCUUUCACUGUGUUGUGAAUAGAUGCAGGGCUGCAUUCAUGCAUUGAAAUAGAUCGCCGUUUUCGUGCUGAGAAUAAAAAUCACCCACCAGCCAGAUAUGUCAAUGAGGGAGGAGGAGGCUGGAAGAACCUUGAGGGGGGGAAAUCCCCCCGAUUUAUUAUCACCUUCCCUCACCACAGAGCUUUGCACCCCCUAAGUAAGUAAGUAAAUAAAUGGCAAUGGCUUCGUAGCUUCCUUUCCUACUUUGAGAGAAAUACUGCUCUUGAAAGCUGCGAGGGGAAUGAAAUCUGUAGCCAUAAGUAGCCAGGAGUCAUGCCUGUCCCACAAGUUGUUUUCCUUCCCAUCCUUUGGCUGACUAAACAGAGGAUGCACCCAGCUGAAACUUGGGAGAGGGAGAAAGGCCCUCAGCCCCAGCCGCUGGUUUGCUGCCGAGGCUCCCAGAGCAGAAACGCGGGAGCCUGCAGCCCCCUGAAGCUGCUGUGCCGCUAAACGCUUCGUCUUCUCUUUGAGGAAGGCAGAGGAGGAACACAUCCUUCUAUUCUGCCUGGCUCCGGUCUCUGCUGGCUGGCAGCAUCCCAGCCGGAGCCCCGAGCCGCCAGCCAGCGUCCCUGCUCGGCAGCACCAGCGCCGGGCUUGCCUGGGAGGCGCUGCAAGGCUUCAGCACAGGAGCCUGGGGCAGCUCCUGCCUGGCUGAUACACGAGAGUUUCAUUCAAAUCCUUAUUUAGGCUCUGCCUGCCGCCAUGAAGGUGACACCACUUAACACAGGCAGGAAUUCCUCGGCGGUUCGUUCAGUCGUGUCUUGAAUUUCUCUCCAUUCAAACAGUUUGCGUUUCGUAGCAGACUAAAUCGAGUGGAAUCAAUCCAAGCUGGCAUUUAAGGGCGCUGCACAGACCCGCUGGCGUUGCCAACAGGUAUCAAACUGUAGGCCGGCUCUCCUCCCUUUCAGACAGGCACAAACGCUCUCCGUUUCGUGCAGACGGGUCUGGCUCUUCUCUCUGAGCGGGGAAGAAACACUCACACAGCUUUUACAAAGGCUGACACCUGGGAACGGCCAGCUUGAGCGCAUCGACGGCUGGCCCGCUGUGGCGCUGGCUAUCGCGGACAGGUGUUUUUUGGGAGGUGCUGAUGGCAAGAACUCAAAUAGCGACAACUGUUUAUUGUUUCAAACGUAACGUGUCAGCGCUUAAUGGCACGGGAGUUAGCUGCUGCUCACUUCAGCUUCAAUUAAAGAACAGAGCUGAUAACUACCAAAGCUAUAGAUCAAGAAUCCUCUUCACUUCAUUCAUCCUCUUUUGGAAAUUCUUCAAGAGUUUCUCUGCAACUAGGAUAAGGGGAACUAUGCAGCGCUCUUGUAUGAGUGAUAUUUCCCCUCUAUGUUCAAUGCUAGACUGCUGUGAACAAGUAGAGACUUCACAAUAGGCUUCUCAGUGCAUACAAGUAAAUAAUAAAAAAAUCAGAGGAGUGGAAAGUGACUCUCCUGUACAUUUUACCUGUCUUAAACAAGAUGAUGAAUCUUCGGGAAGAAGUUAGUAUUUGGCAUGCCCGUGAAAUGAGCAAAUUUCACACCCAUAAAAUCUGAUACCAUCAGAACCCAAAAGCUCUCUGUGGUGUCACCUCCCAGUCUGAUUGUAUGGAUGGUUGUGACAGAAGAACCCUAGGAAGGGAAGUGAUUAUUACAUGGUAUUUUCAUCCUUUAAGCCUUAUUGUUCCCCCUCAGUGCUUACAGAAGGAGCACAGCUUUCUGGUAGCUUCCCCCUAAGCUAUUUAUUAAGUCCCUUCUUUUUCCAAACUUGCAUCCUGGCUGUGGAGGACUUUGAUUUCCAUCCUUAGUUGUAAGCUGAGGGCCUUCAGUGUCCUUGGAGAUUGAGGCAUUUCAUGGUGUAGCUGCUACUGAAGGAGGAUUUUAAAGGAGGUCUGAUGACAACAAAGGCAAACUUUCCUGUGACAGCGGGAUCUAUAGUUGUCCCUUACGGGCAUGUGAUUGGAAAUGAGAGGUGGAGAGGGUCAGAGCUAGCCCAAAGGCUACAAGGGAAAGUUAGAGUCAUCUUUGAAGAUGCCUUGGGACUGGUGGACUUUCAUCUUUCAAACAGAACUUGCAUUUUACUUAUUUCCGAAGCAGAUUUGGUUGCAGGGGAUGAAUUCAAACGAAGAUUGGUUAGGUUUAGAAAUGCCAGCAGUCUUAGGGGAAUUGUAAUCGUAGAGAAAACCCCAAUCAGUGGUCAGUACUACCUAGGAGUACAAAAACUUGUUGUACUCGAACUUGGAAUGGUGUUGCUUCCUGUGGCCAAUCAAGGAGAAGCUUCUCAGCUUAUUAUUCAACUAGUGCGGGAGCAGAGCAGGGAUGGCGGCGCCAACCCCUUCCUUGGCAAGCGGCGCGCUCAGCUGGCAGGAGCCGCAGUGCUCCAGGCGGUGCAGCACAUCCCCGGCGUUGGCAAAGCAAAAGCUCUGCUCUUACUGCAGCGCUUUGGAAGCGUCCAUCGGCUUUGUAACGCGGCCAUCCACGGGCUUGAGCAAGCGCUUGGACAAGCAGUAGCACAACAAAUUUAUACUUUUUUGCAUUCCUGACGUGCACGUGCAGUGGUAUUUUGCAAAACUUGGGUUUUUUCUUCUGAAUGAUAAAAGUUUGGUUUUAAUAUUAAAUCAGAAGAUGCUGAUUUCUGUAAUCAUGGCUAGCAGCAACUGGACUCUGAUGCUUCUUUUUUAACAUCUGCUCUGUUCAUAUAGAGUAAGCUGUGCAAAUUGCCUUGGAAAGAAGUCUGUAUUUUGCAUUAAAAGGCCUGUUUGGUUGGAGCAUAAGGUCUC